AUGGGAAGGAUGUAUGCAUGUGUUGUACCUAUACAAUACCUGUAUAUGAUGUCAAUGUUGAAAGGAGAGAAGAGGACAUCUUCUUUAACUGGUCAUAGGUGGGUUUAUGAAAUAUUGAAUGGAUCAGAUACUCGUUUCUUUGAGCAAGUUCGAAUGAAUAAAUCUGUAUUUAGAAGAUUAGUGGAUGAACUUACUCAAAUGAAUGUGGAAGAAAGAUUUCAACAUUCUGGAGAAAUAGUGCAUAGGCAGUUCCAUCGAGUGCUAAAAGCUACCCGCAAACUUGGAAAUGAUAUUACCAGACCUAUAGAUGGAAAUUUCAAAGAUGUGCAUGAUUACAUCUGUGGUGAUGUUCGAUAUUGGCCUUAUUUCAAAGAUUGCAUAGGCACAAUAGAUGGAACACAUGUAGCCGUUCUUGUCCCGACUGAUAGUCAGGGAUCUGCACAUGACGCACGUGUAUUAAUGGAGGCUUUGAGGAAUCCAUCUUUGCAAUUUCCUCAACCGCUCGAAGGGAAAUACUACCUUGUCGAUUCUAGGUAUCCUACAAUGAAAGGAUUUUUGGGAUCAUACAAGAGUGCAAAAUAUCACAUUCCACAAUAUAGGAUGUCUCAUGCCUUUAGGUCUCCGAAUGAAGUAUUCAACUAUCAUCACUCGAGUUUGAGAAGUGUUAUAGAAAGAACAUUUGGAGUUUGCAAAGCAAAGUGGAGGAUUCUACAAAAUAUGACCAAGUAUUCAUUGAAGGUUCAAUUCCAAAUUAUAUGGUCAUGUUUUGCGCUCCAUAAUUUUAUUCGUAGAAUGGGUGCUGAUGAUUUAGAUGUUCUUGAGAGCAUUGAAGAUAUCAACCAAAUUCAAGAAGGAGAAUGUGGCUUUGAGGGUGAUGACUAUGGAAGUUCAUUUCUACUAAGAAGAAAUGUUACUGAUGAAGGUCUACAAGCUGUGGGCUCCUUCUGUUCUUCAUUGGGACUGCUGGCUUUAUACAGCUUCCAGAGCUUGAAUGGUUAG